UUGACGAAUUCCCUGUUUACGCCAUUUUCUUUUCCUCUGAGCUCUUUGCACCGCGUACCGGACGGGGAGGCUUUCGCCGAUGCUUGAAAAAAUCCUCUUGCGUCAAAUUACCUCCAGCGGCCGGAUGUGAUGUGGCUCCCGAGGAGCAAGCCAAAGAUAAACACGUAGCCAGACGGUUAGGGGCGAGGAUAAUACAUGUUACAAAGGGGCUACGUGGAAACGGUCGAAAUGAAGUAGUCGCGAAGAAUCCAGAGAUUUCAAUAGUCGAGGGGACAUCGGACACAUUAACCAAGGAGCGAGUCUACCGCGGACAUCGAGUCGCGGAGUCCAAAAUGGCGCGAGCAGCCUUGGUGACCGCCACCAGUCUGGCUCUGACUGGGGCCGUGGUGGCGCACGCCUACCUCCUCAAACACCAGUUCUACCCCACCGUGGUCUACCUGACCAAGAGCAGCCCCAGCAUGGCGGUGUUGUACAUUCAGGCCUUUGUGUUGGUGUUCCUGCUGGGAAAGUUCAUGAGGAAGGUCUUUUUUGGACAGCUACGGGCUGCAGAAAUGGAGCAUCUCAUUGAGCGCUCGUGGUAUGCUGUGACCGAGACGUGCCUGGCGUUCACUGUGUUCAGGGACGACUUCUCCCCGCGCUUUGUCGCCCUAUUCACGCUCCUGCUCUUCCUCAAGUGCUUCCACUGGCUGGCUGAGGACCGGGUGGACUUUAUGGAACGGAGUCCAAACAUAUCUUGGAUUUUUCACUUCAGGGUAUUAUCUCUCAUUGGACUGCUGGCUGUGCUGGACUUCCUGUUUGUCAACCACGCCUGUCACAGCAUCAUCACCCGAGGAGCCUCGGUCCAGCUUGUUUUUGGAUUUGAGUACGCCAUCCUGAUGACGAUGGUGCUGACGACCUUCAUUAAGUACAUUUUGCACACCGUCGACCUGCAGAGCGAGAACCCCUGGGACAACAAGGCGGUGUACAUGCUCUACACCGAGCUCUUCACCGGUUUCAUCAAAGUGCUGCUCUACAUUGCCUUCAUGACCAUCAUGAUAAAGGUCCACACCUUCCCCCUUUUUGCCAUCCGGCCCAUGUAUCUGGCCAUGAGGCAGUUUAAGAAAGCUGUAACGGAUGCCAUAAUGUCUCGGAGAGCAAUCCGUAACAUGAAUACAUUAUACCCCGAUGCCACUGCUGAAGAUCUGCAGGCUUCUGACAACGUCUGUAUCAUCUGUCGAGAGGAAAUGGUCACCGGGGCCAAGAAACUGCCAUGUAAUCACAUUUUCCACUCCAGCUGCCUGCGCUCCUGGUUCCAGAGGCAGCAGACCUGCCCGACCUGUCGCAUGGACGUCCUCCGCGCGUCCAACAACAAUCAGACGCCGGCCCAGGCCCAAGCCCCGCCCCCAGCUCCUGCGGCCCCUGCCAAUGCCCCAGCCGCCCCGCCCGCCAACGUGGCCCCAGGCAUGUUACCCGGCUUCCCGCCUGGCGUCUUCCCCUUCUGGGGUCCCUUCCCCGGGGUGCCGCCCCCCGCCGCAGCGCCUGCAGCUCCGGGUGCCGCCGAUGCGCCGCAGGGCAGCACGCAGGCAGCCGGCACCAGCCAGGCCGCCUCCUCGCCUGCAGACGCGGGCGCCGCAGCUCCAGGGCCGACGAUGCCCGGCUUCCCCUUCUCCUUCCCCCCUCCCCCCUUCCCCACUGCACCAUGGCUGAUGCCUCCCCCUCCUCCCUUCGUGUCGUCCAUGCCUCCGCCGCCUCCUUCCCUGUCGCGGCUGUCCGAGGAGGAGCUGAGGGAGCUGGAGGCAGAGGGCCGGCGGGGCCUCGAGGCCCGACUCCAGUGUCUCCAGAACAUCCACACCUUGCUGGACGCCGCCAUGCUCAACAUCCACCACUACCUCAGCACCGUCACCACACUCGCUCCUCCACGGGCGGAGGGCGGCGCCGGAGCAGCGAGCGGGACAAAUGACGCCGCCGCCGCCGCGGCCAGCAGCAGUACGGACAGCCUCGGCCAAGAGAAGGAGUCCGCCAGCUCCUCGAGUAGUGAGCAGGUGGGCGGAGCGGCUGCCUCCCCUCAGCCGGCUGACUCCACUUCCACCGCCUCUGACACGGAGCAAAAAGACGAGCUGGACGAAGGAGCGGCGGGGGGGGAGGACGGAGAGCCCAACGCCGCAGAGCUGAGGCGGCGGCGCCUCCGAAAGCUGGAGACGUCGACUCCGUCCUCCGCGCCUCCCGACAACUGACCCGUUGCGCUCCGACUCGUGACACGCGGCGCUCUGGACCGGCAGAAACUCUGAGCCGAUAGACGGUCCCUUUGGUCCAUCGCCUCCUCCUCGGACCGUCGGAUUGGUUGGAAUGGGGCUGCCGAGGAGACGUGGCACUGCUCCCCCUGCACCGUUUCUGUGUCAGAAAGCAAUAGCACGACUCCCGUUUUUAGUUUUGUCACCACCUUUCUCCUCCAUGUCACAACAACUACUGCAAUAAGAGUGCUGCAGGUGUUUGUUCAGUUUAUUCAGGCGGAGGGAUUUAAAACCCAUCAAUUUGAUCAGCUUGGUGGAGGCACGCUCUCAGAGUUUUGUUUUAACUGGGUGGCCCCGCCCACCGCGUUCACAUGUUACACAGCACUUGGAUCUGUGUCACCUCCAGAGAUUUCAAAUGGACGAAGGUUGAAGGUUGAUCAGCUGUUUUGGCUCGUUUUUUUUUUUUUUCAUUAAGGUUCAUCACUCUUUAGCUGAAUUUGAAUGUGUACAUACUGUAUAAAGAGUUUUAAUAGGAUGAUCUGUACAUAAAGCAGAAUAAACUGUUUGACUGAUUGUGGCACA